AUGACGCCAAAACUGGACCCGCCGGUAAAGAAAAACGCCUUUGUGCACAAGCUCUACGGGAUGCUCAACAACCCAAAGUUGGCCCACCUCAUCUGGUGGACAGGGCCCGACGACUCCAACACCUUCGCCUUGUACCCCAGCAAGGAGUUCGCUGACGCUCUUCUGGACUACUUCAAGCACGGCAACGUGGCCUCCUUUGUACGCCAGCUCCACAUGUACGGCUUCCACAAGAUCCUGGACCCGCAGCUGGCCUACCACGACAAGGACUCCCCCAUCUGGGAGUUCCGCCACUCGCUGGGCAAGUUUAAGAAGAACGACGAAAGCUCCCUUGUCUACAUCAAGCGCAGGCUGCUGCUGAACUCCUCCCGCAACUCCCUGGUGCUCGAGUCCGAAAACAACCACAACCCAACUUCCAAUAACCACCACCUCCACCGCUCCCACGACCCGCAGGUCGCCUACUACCACGCCAGGCCCCAUCCGUACCCUUACUACUACCCCCAAUGGCAAGUGCCCGUGCAUGGUCCCGUCUACCAGGGCCCUCCCCAUCACAACGGCCCCAACGGGCCCCCUCUCCCGCCGGUUCCAAGCCCGUACCCUCCGGAACACUAUCCUGUGAUUCUUCCCCCACCCACACCCAAGGAGAAACCCGCCAGCCCUACGCCAAAAAGACGCUCCUACGAAGAGGUCCGCUACCAGCAGCACCCGGAGCAGCCGCUACGCUACUCCCACUCCACCCUGCUGCUCCCGACAUACCACGAUCCUCCCCGCAGCGACGAAACCCUACAGUUCAGAAAACCCUGGGACCAGCCCCACGACAGGCGGCCCCGCCAUCCCUCGUUGCUCUUUGACCCCUUGGCGCCUCCUCGUUCCAACGACACCAUCAAGCUCCCGCCUUUGGGAAGCAGCCCUCCAGCGCAGUCUGUUCUGCGGCCCUCGCUUUCGUCCAUCCCCAUCCGAAAGUCUGUCUACGACAAAUUGCGCCCGCUGUUGAUCGAAUUGCAUGCCUCGGGCCACCCCGGCGGCUCCCGAACCUUCGACUCGAUGGGCUCCAACCUGCUGUCGAUAUUCCUGGGCGCCUCGUCCAUCUCGUCGCUUUCGAGCGGCGGCAGAUCGUCCUUCGGUUCGAUAUCCCAUUUGGUUGAUGACCGCAAGCUGCUGCUAGCGCCUCACGAGCAGCCGCUGCCCCAGAUGCACCCGCCGGGAGUUCUGACGAUUCUCGAAGAACGCGAGAGCAGCGAGCAGAUUCCCCAUCAGUUGCCGCAGCUGUCGAGCUCCACGGAGACCACCGAGGCCAGUGGUGCCAUGAGCACGCCCAAGCCUCUGACGCCGAAGCCUGUGUCGCCGCUGUUUAAAGGCAAAGUGCUGUACUUGCUUGAGGACACCGACGGCCAUGCAUUGAAGAGGCAGAAGCGUGAGGCAUAG